UUUUUAAUUUUAAAACGGAAGUGGAUCGGAACUGAACGCGUGUUGCAUGUCUCUUUGUUCUUCAGUUUCGCGCGCCUUCUUGCUUCUCUAACGAUGAGAGUGUUUGCAAGGUUUACGCAAUCGAUAUGUACUCGUAAAUGAGGCAGAAUAUUUUAUUCUCGACAAAUGUAUAAAAUGUGCGCCAUAGCCGCUUAUUGAAAGUAAACAAAGAUGACGCAUCUCUAGUAAUGGGUCACUAAACUGGAAAGUCCCUUGCAGCCUUGAUGUUCGGUUGCAAAGCCAGUGUUAAAUCUAGGCUUUCACAUCACUGACCAAGCACAAGAGGCGAUGGAUGGGCCAGUAGAUGGCACCAAGCUCAUUCUGAGACUUAAGCCAGAUCUACUGGAAGCUCUGAUGGGAGAUCCAGACUUUCUGCUUCAGCACUGCCAUGCCAGUGGCAUACUGUCCAACAAUGAGUACAACAACAUCAAAGACAUGAACAUGCGUUCAAGGCAGGUACGGGACAUCUUGGAUCAUGUGAUUCACAAAGACAACAAGCACGCUCUGAAUUUCUUGAAGUUGCUGAAAACACAAGACAUGCAAGAGACAUUUCCUAAACUACAGUUUCUUCAAAAGCUGCAAAUCAACAAACGCAAGACACCAAAACACACAGAGACGACAGCAAAAAGACGGCAGGAGAUGUUGGAAAACAAUGUAUGGCAGGAGCAGCAGCAUAUCAUCAGCUCCAGGAUGGUGAGCGAGAGGGAGAUGAUGUUGGUGGCCGGCUGCAUUGGGAACAGCUGGAGGGAGCUGGGCAUUAUGGCACUGGGAAUGAACACCACCACUCUUCAGCAGAUAGAGGAGGACAACAGCCAACACAAAAUGCGGGUUUUCACCAUGCUGCGAAAAUGGAGCAUGCGUGAGAGGGGACAAGCCACGGCAGCUCGUCUCCAUUCUCUACUAACCCAAGAAGAGAACGGCGUGGACACUCUGAAAAUCAACUUCCUGUUGGACAACAACUGAGGCUGCUUGGAGGACCUUGUGAGAGUGAUGCAGACAUGAUGUCAAAACCUUCUCUAUGGGUUUUUACAUUUGUAAAACAAGUUCUGUGGUAAACAUAGAUUAACAAUACUUGACACUUAAGCAGUUAUGGUUAUUUUUAAAAAUGUAUGUUUGUAAUAAAUGACUACAUAAGAAUGUUUGGGGUGAGUGUGUGCAGUUUAUAUUGUAAAGCAAAAUGUCCAUGUAUCAUUAAGUUGUGUUUUACCACAGAUCUUAUUUUACUCAUGAAUUUAAAGGGAUAGUUCACCCAAAAUGAAAAUUCUGUCAUAAUUUUCUCCUCCUCCACUUGUUCCAAACUUGUAUGACUUUCUUUCUUCUGCUGAACACAA